UGGAGUUCCUUACACCUUCUUUCAGCGACAAAGUAUUUUAGUUUCUUCUGGUAAACAAUACGCCAAACGUGACUAAACCCGUGAGCCUUUGAAACCCUCCCUGCAUCUUUGCAUCAUAACAUACAAGCGAAGUUCUUUGGAGAAACCUUUUAGCAUCGGAUUCAAAAAUGGAGUUUUACGCUUACCCAUCUCGUCCUCUCCCUUCGUCUUCACAGAUUUCUGAUUUUUCAUUUGGAAAUUUGGUUUCAAAAAUCAGAGAUUUCUUCAGUUCUGCAGUUUCUGCUAUUGUGGGAAACGUUUUUUCUGCAAUUUUCACCUUCUUCUUCGCAUUAGUGGGUACUUUAUUAGGAGCAUUGACCGGGGCUUUGAUCGGCCAAGAAACCGAGAGUGGAUUUGUUAGAGGUGCUGCAGUUGGCGCCAUUUCUGGUGCUGUUUUUUCCAUUGAAGUUUUCGAAUCUUCGCUUCUUUUAUGGCAAUCUGAUGAAUCAGGGAUCCGUUGCCUUCUCUACUUGAUUGAUGUCAUUGUAAGCUUAAUAAGUGGAAGACUUGUUCGUGAGCGGAUUGGUCCAGCUAUGUUAAGUGCCGUACAAAGCCAGAUGGGAGCCAUUGAAACGAGAUUUGAUGACGUUCAAAAUAUAUUUGACAUUGGUGGUUGUAAAGGUUUGCCUGAAUAUUCGGUUGAAAAAAUACCUAAAAUCACCGUUACAAGUGACAACAAUGUGGAUGACUCGGGCGAGAAAAUCUUGUGCUCUGUAUGCCUUCAGGAUUUUCAACUCGGAGAAACUGUGAGAAAUUUACCACAAUGCCAUCACAUGUUUCACCUACCUUGCAUCGAUAAAUGGCUUGUAAGACAUGGAUCAUGUCCGUUAUGCAGGCGUGACCUCUAAAUAAAUUUAUAUUAUGUGUAAAUUAUGAAAUGAAACAAUUUUCGUAUGGUGACACGUAGAUGUUCUUUAUCUGUUUUGUAUACGAUAAUAUAUGUAGUUAGGUUAUACAAUACAUGUAUUGUGAUACAUCUAAAAGUUGAUUAGUUAUAAGUAUAACAUUUUGGCCCUUAA